GACCGUGAGGAGAAGCUGGAGAUCAGUUUCACACUCAUCGCUAUGGAUGGUGGUUCCCCACCGCGGUCGGGUACAGCCCGAAUUCGAGUUAUGGUUCUGGAUAUAAACGACAAUAAUCCGGUGUUUUCUCAGUUUCUUUAUAAAGUCCAGAUUUUGGAAAAUACACUUGAAGAUUAUUUGCUAGCUACAGUCUCUGCUAUCGAUUUAGACGAAGGAAUUAAUGGGGAAAUAUCCUAUUCCAUUAUUCAAAAUUCAGAGGAAAAUCGCCAAACUUUUAAGGUAAAUACCGUCACCGGGGAAAUUCGACUCAGGCGGCCAUUGGAUUUUGAAGACAGAGAAAACUAUGAGAUAGACAUACAGGGCAUGGACGGCGGGGGUCUGUCUGCAAACUGCAAAGUCCUGAUGAAGUUGCUGGAUAUGAAUGACAAUGCUCCGGAGGUGACCAUAACAUCCCUUACCAGCCCUAUCCCCGAGAACUCCCAGCAGGGGAGAGUAAUGGCCCUGUUCAGUGUCAGGGACCGGGACUCCGGGGAUAAUGGGAAAACGGUCUGCUCCAUAGAGGACGAGCUGCCCUUUACUGUCAGAAAAAUAUCAAAAAAAUCCUACUCUCUGGUGACUGAAGGUGCACUGGAUUGUGAGAGACCAUCGGAGUACAACAUAACAAUCACUGCUCAGGAUUUGGGAUCUCCCAGUCUCGCUAGUGCAGUGACAAUCACCGUGAAAAUAUCAGAUAUUAAUGACAAUUCUCCCGUGUUUAAGGAAGUGUCAUACACUAUUUAUAUAAGAGAAAACAACGGCACAGGGAUAAAUUUUGGCAAAGUCAGUGCUAUUGAUUCGGACUUAGAGCAGAAUGCCAAAGUGACCUACUCUCUGUUGCCUGCUGAGGUAGGUGGCCUUCCACUUCUCUCUUAUAUCUCCAUAAACUCGGAAAAUGGGAGUGUGUAUGCUCUGUGAUCCAUGGAUUAUGAACAGAUAAGAGAGUUCCAAGUCACAGUGAAAGCUGCAGAUGGCGGGUCCCCUCCACUAAGCUCUGAAGUCAUUGUCCGGGUUGUGAUAACUGAUGAAAAUGACAAUGCCCCCUUCAUUUUAUACCCUCUGCAGAAGAGCAGCUCCCAGGCUAAUGACCUGGUUCCCAGGUCUGCGAAGGCGAGUUACCUGGUGACAAAGGUGGUGGCUGUGGAUGGAGAUUCCGGUCAGAAUUCCUGGCUUUUCUACUAGCUGCUGAAGGCCACAGACCCAAGUCUUUUCGUUAUGGGUUUCCAAAAUGGUGAAAUAUGGACCACUAGGCCAUUAAAUGAAUGAGACAACUUCAAGCAGAAACGUCCCCUAUCAACCACAACAACGCUAAAUUUUCUUGUGGUGGAUGGAUUUUCAGACUCGUUUUUGCAGGUUUUUGAGGUACCCAGCAAAGAAGAGAAGGAUGGCACAUUGACUACAUAUUAAGUGUUAGCGCUGGCUAUGAUGUCAUUCAUUUUUUUAUUUU